AUGUCUCAAUAGUAAAACUUAACCCAAGGAGCCAUCGGUAUAGAUUUCGGUUCAUCAAGAUCAGUUAUAGCUGUAGCUAAAAGAGGAGGUGUAGAUAUCUUAACAAACGAAGCAUCUUUAAGAGAAACCCGUAAUAUAGUCGGAUAUGGACCUAAACAACGAUUUAUGGGCGAAGCAGGAAAUGCUUAAGCUAAAAGUAACUUUAAAAAUACUGUAUCUAAUUUCAAUAGAUUAUUAGGAUUACCCCCUACCCACCCAAAACUAAGAAAUGAAACAAAAUGGAUAACAUCUAAAAUAGCCACAAAUCAAGAUGGUAAACUAGUCCAUGAAGUCUAAUAUAAAAAUGAAACAGUCUAAUUUUUGCCUGAAUAAGUGACAGGGGCUAUGCUUGGGGCUUUAAGAAAUAUUGUUUCUUCACAUAAUUUACCAAAUCAUGAAGCUGUAAUUUCUGUACCUUCAUAUUAUACAGAAUAAGAGAGAAAAGCUUUAAGAGAUGCAUGUUUGAUUGCUGGUUUAAAUCCUACUAGGUUAUUUAAUGAAAGCUCUGCUAUUUCUAUUUCUUAUGGUUUAUUUAGAAAAGCUGAAUUGGAUUCUACUGUUACUAGAAAUGUAGCUUUUAUCGAUUUAGGACAUUCCAAAUUUUCUGCUUUUGUAUCGAGCUUUAAUAAAGAAAAAUCAGCUGUUUUGGCUUAAGUACAUGAUAGAUAAUUAGGUGCUAGAGAUAUGGAUUGGCUUAUAUUUUAAAAAUAUGCAAAAAGCUUUGAAUAAAAAACUGGACUUUCACCUUAUGAAUCCAAAAAGGCUAUGUUGAGACUUUUUGAUGCCAUUGGAAAGCAAAGAACAAUCCUUUCGGCUAAUAUGGAAUCUGAAUGUAAUUGUGAGUAUUUAAUGGAAGAUUGUGACUUAAGUGAAUCUUUGACUAGAUCCGAAUUCGAAAGUAUAAUUUAACCUGUUCUUGCUUAAAUUUAAUAGUGUUUAUAAACACUUAUUUAAGAAUUAAAAAACAAAAAAAUUGAAUUACACAGUGUUGAAAUUAUCGGAGGAGCAACAAGAAUACCUAUAGUAUAAGAAAUGAUAAAGAAAUCAUUCGGAAUAGAUACAUUAAACAAGACUUUAAAUGCUUCAGAAUGUAUAGCAAGAGGUUGUGCAAUGAUGGCAGCAAUGAUGUCUCCAUUAUUUAAAGUAGCUGAAUAUAACCUUGAGGAAUCGAACUAUUACGCAAUAAAGACUAGUUGGGAUUUCUUUAAUUUAAAUGAAAAAGGUUAAAAAGUUGAUUUAGAAGGAGGCAAAAGUUCCGUAAUAUUCGAAAAAGGAUGCACUAUUCCAAAUGUAAAAUCUAUAACUUUUACUAAAAGUGAUGGAAUUAAUAUUAAUUUAUUUUAUGAUAAUCCAUCAGAAGGAUUUGAUGGUUUAUUGGCUAAUUAUGUUAUUUAACCAUGUAAACCUAAAGAAUAGACUUAUAGUGUUAAAGUUAGAAUUAAAUUAGAUAAAAAUGGACUUGUAUCAAUCGAUGAGGUGUAAUUAAUAGAAGAUUAUUAAGUUGAGGAAAAAAUUCCCAUCAAAAAAGAUAAUAAACCAACUGUUCCUGCUGCUUAAUAACCUUAAUAAUAAUAAAAUUAAGCUGAUAAUAGUUAAUAAUAAUAACCUGCAAAUAAUGUAGAUAAUUAAUAAUAAUAAUAAUAAGAAGAAGUUUAAUAAGAAUAUGAAAUCAAAAUGAGAAAAAAAACUAGAUAUACUAACUUAUAAUUCGAUUAACCUAAAAUCUUAUAUAGCUUAUUAAAAGAAUAAAUUGAUAUGUUCAUUAAUUUGUAAAUCUCUCAUAUUAAUUUUGAUAAUGUCACUAUUAAUACUUUAUUCAAAAAAAAUGAACUCGAAUCUUUCAUUUAUGCUUGGAGAGCUCAUUUAGAUGGAGGUAGUUAUCAAUAAUAUGCUUUACCUAAUUUAGUUCAUAGUGUUCUACAUGAAUUAAGAACUUAUGAAUAAUGGCUUUAUGAACAUGGAUAGGAAGCACCUUUAAAUGAUUAUGGUUAAAGAUUAGAAAAAGUUUAAUAAAUGUGUGCUCCUAUUUAAAGAAGAUAUAAUGAAUAUUCAAAUCUACCUGAUUCUAUAAAUUAAUUAUAAAAAAUUAUUUAAGAAUCUGAAGGAUUUGUUAUUUCUGGAGCUGAAUAAUAUGCACAUAUUAGUAAAGAAGAAAGAAAACCUAUUGCUGAUGAAGUUGAUAGAAUUAGAAUUUUUUUAAAUAAUGCUGAAAUUGCUUAAAAAAGACUCUAACUUCAUCAAGAUCCUGUUAUUACUUGUGAAGAAGUUUAGAAAUAAAUCAAUUCUUUAAUUAAUAUUUGUAAACCUAUUAUGAGUAAAUCAAAACCUGAACCAAAGAAAGAAGAAAAAAUGUAAACAGAAAAUGAUGCUAAUAACUAAAAUAAUAAUGCAAAUUAAAAACCUGAUGAAAAAAUGGAUAUUGAAAAAUGA